GGAGAGCCGGCCGCGGUCUGGGUAGAGCGAGGGCGGGCGGCCGGGCAUGGAGAGCGGCCCCGGGAGCCUGCAGCCGCUAGAAGACGGGGCGGCGGUCGGGCCGACGCCGGGGACCGGCUCUCCGCAGGAAGGGCCGCGGGAGAGCAGGCUCGCCGCCGGGGAUGGUCCCGGGGUAGGGACGGCGGAGAGCGGCGCCGGGGACCGGCAGGGGGCGGCGGCCGCCGGGAGCAGCCUCCCGGCCCCGGCUUCGCCCACGGGCUCGCCUCCGGCUCCCGGGCCCCGCGGCGCCCUCCCGAGCGCGGACCUGCAGGAGGGCGAGUCGGAGGGUUGUGCGGCCCCGAGGGCGCCUCCGCGAGGGCAGCGCAAGGUGACCGGCUCCCCGGAGACCGCCGAGGCCGGCGCGGGCCAGGGGCGGGGUCCGGCCACAGACGCGGGAGCCCGCGCGGAGCCCGGCGACACCUGCCGGGCCGGCUCCCAGGAGCCCAGCAGCGCCGGCGGCCUCAGCAGCAGCGGCAGCGACCCGAGCCCGCCUGGGGACUCGCCGAGCCUGGACUCCCUGGAGUCCUUCUCUAACCUGCACUCGUUCCCCAGCAGCUCCGAGUUCACUAGCGAGGAGGGCGCGGAGAGCAGGGCUCCCGACGCCGAGGAGGGCGCGGCGGGGCGGUCCGGGGCGCAGGAGGAGGCCGCUCAGGUGCUGGCAGCCUCCAGAGAGCGCUUCCCGGGACAGUCUGUCUACCACAUCAAGUGGAUCCAGUGGAAGGAGGAGAACACCCCCAUCAUCACACAGAACGAGAACGGACCCUGCCCCUUGCUGGCUAUCCUCAACGUUUUGCUUCUGGCCUGGAAGGUGAAACUUCCACCGAUGAUGGAAAUCAUAACUGCUGAACAGCUGAUGGAAUAUUUAGGAGAUUACAUGCUUGAUGCAAAGCCAAAAGAAAUUUCAGAAAUUCAACGUUUAAACUAUGAGCAGUUAUUUAUUUUGGAAAUCCUGGUGGCAUCGUGGUUAAGAGCUACAGCUGCUACCCCAAAGAAUAUGAGUGAUGCUAUGGCAGUUUUGCACAAACUACAGACAGGUCUGGAUGUAAACGUAAAAUUUACUGGUGUUCGAGUAUUUGAAUAUACACCGGAAUGCAUAGUAUUUGAUCUUCUUGAUAUUCCCUUGUAUCAUGGGUGGUUAGUGGACCCUCAGAUUGAUGACAUUGUCACAGCUGUUGGUAACUGCAGCUACAACCAACUGGUAGAGAAGAUCAUCUCUUAUAAGCAAUCAGACAACAGUGAGCUGGUUAGUGAAGGCUUUGUAGCUGAGCAGUUUCUAAACAACACAGCCACUCAGCUGACAUACCAUGGAUUAUGUGAACUAACUUCAACGGUUCAGGAAGGAGAGCUUUGUGUGUUUUUUCGGAACAAUCAUUUUAGCACCAUGACCAAAUACAAGGGUCAACUGUAUUUGUUGGUAACAGACCAGGGAUUUCUCACUGAAGAAAAAGUUGUCUGGGAAAGUCUACACAAUGUAGAUGGUGAUGGAAAUUUCUGUGACUCAGAGUUUCGCCUGAGGCCUCCUUCAGACCCUGACACUGUGUACAGAGGACAGCAAGAUCAGAUAGAUCAGGACUAUCUUAUGGCAUUAUCUCUACAGCAAGAACAGCAGAGCCAAGAGAUCAAUUGGGAACAAAUCCCAGAAGGAAUCAGUGAUUUGGAACUUGCGAAGAAACUCCAAGAGGAGGAGGACAGAAGGGCUUCUCAGUAUUACCAGGAACAGGAGCAUGCAGCAGCAGCCGCGGCCGCUGCUUCUACACAGGCCCAGCAGGGCCAGCCAGCACAAGCCUCUCCAUCAAGUGGAAGACAAUCUGGGAACAGUGAACGUAAACGUAAAGAACCUCGAGAAAAAGAUAAAGAAAAGGAAAAAAGUAGCUGUGUUAUUUUGUAACAAGUGUUGGAUUCUACUGGAGCCACCUGUAUGUCUUGAGAAACAAAAUCACAGGAAGAAAGGAAGAAAAACCGAUAAAUACCGUCUGUGCCUGAUUUCCCAAUGGAUUUUGUUUUUCCGGGGGAAGGUUGUUACUUAGUUACAAUCAGACUUUUCCAAGUCACACAGUGCACUCUUUAUAAGCUGGAAUUUCAUGUUACAAGUUGGAACUGCUGUGUGUUGUCAUUCAUGGAAAAUACUGCACUUGUAGCUGAAUAAGCAAAUCACAGCAAAUUUUGUGUCAUAGUGACAUUCAGAACUCAUUAUCAGUUAGUAAGCUAUUUUAUCUUCUGUUCUGAAAACGAAUGGAGCUCAUUGAUUUUGUCUGAUUCCUUCCUGAUAGCUAAAUAUUAGCACAGUAGUUUCUGAACUUAAUUUUUAUAAUGUUAAAUUAUGAUCUAAUCCAUGAGAAACCAGGGGUUUAAUAUAGGAAUUUAAAAAGCAAAAAAUAAGACAAAAAAAAUAAUAACAGGAAUAAACAACCCUUAAUUGUAUAUUGGACUAGUUCAGCUCUUGAUCAGCUUUACCUUUAGGAAUGUACAUUUUAGAUAUUACUUUGAGAACUGAUAAUGGAACUUGGAUUUAAUUUAGAUAGAAAAAAUAAAGAUUUGUAUUUCUUUUCCAGUAGCAAAAAAUUACAUAACACUAAUACUCAUAUCUUGUCAAAAUCAGAUAUUAACGGCUUUAUCAUGUUGUGAAAUUUUGAGGAAUUUUUAAAUCUUGACUGUAGGUAACUGGAGCACAGCUACUGUUUACUGACAGUGUGAUCAGUGCGUCCAGGGGGGAAGCCACAGUGGAUGCCAGGCCUUGUAGAUAUGAGGAAUGCAGAAAUCCAGAUAAUUCAGUGUCUGCCUUUUUUCUAGAAUUACCCUGAACCUUAAAAUUUAGAUCAUGUUUAUUUGCUAGAAAAUUAAGUACACGUAUUAAAGCCAAUAAAAAGCACAUCUCUGAAAGACCAAGAAACUCAGAGUUUAGUGAACAGACAUUAAUAAAAUUCUCUUUGACAAUAGGUAAGAAUUUGGAGGGAUUUAUGUCAAAGCAAUCAGAUUUUUUAACUUAUGGGAACCAAAUAAAUCUAUAGCAUCUUGUAGGCUUUAUAGGAUUCAGAAAGAAUAUUUAUUGAACUUUAUUAUGAGGACAAUUGAUAUUUUCCUGUAUUUCUAGGUAGUUUGAUAAACAAUCCUUAAUAGUCUUUUUGAUAUACUUUAUAUUUAAAAAUUUGCUUUCAUCAUUUUUUUUAAAAGACUAUUCUGCAGGUAGUUGUGUGAUGUUCAUUCUCAGCUGUGGUCACUUUGUGUAGUUAAGAGCAUCUUCACAGACCUUAGUGUCCACUCAGAGAAGGUCUUUUGUGGUCUGAGGUGAAGAUAGACCACCAGGAAACGCAGUUUAGAUUUCUGAUGUCCUUAACUUUCUCCAUGA